ACAACACUGCUUAUCGUCAACAGUGAAAGCAACAACUUCCAAGAUGCUGAGAUUUGUCGCCAUUGCCUGCCUUGUACUCUAUGUUGCUGCAGAUAGUGAUUACUCCACAUACGGUGGAAGUGACUACUAUCCAAAGGGAGUGUAUAAAUACGGUCUUGGGGGUGGCAUCGGUGGAGGCAUUGGUGGUAUCUCAGUAGGAAAUGGAAUUGGUGGAGGUGUUAGCGGAAUCUCUGUUGGUAGUGGAUUGGGUGGCAUAUCUUUCGGAACCGGAUUAGGAGGAGGUAUCUUCGGUGGACUCAACUCUGGUUUACUAGGAAUUGGCGGUGGUUCAGCUGCCUCCUCCGCCGCUGCUGCUGGUGGUGCCGCUGCUGCCGCUGCUGCUGCUGCCGCUGGACGUAAUGCUGCCGCCGCCGCUGCUGCUGCCGUUGGACGUAAUGCUGCCGCUGCUGCUGCUGCCGCCGCUGGACAAAAUGCUGCUGCCGCCGCUGCUGCUGCUUCCUCAUCUUCAUUCGGCCCAUGGAUCUACAAUUCUUUCCCAUACACUAGCCAAUACUCCUAUUUCCCAUCCGUUUUCCCUUCAUAUUACCCAUCAGUGUCCUACGGUUUCCCUUCAUAUUAUUACGGAUCUUACCAACCUUUCGGAUUUGGUGGAUCUGCUGCCGCUAGCGCUGCCGCCGCCGCUGGACUUUCCGCUGCCUCUGCUGGAGCCUCCGCAGGAAGCUUUGGUGGACUUUUGACUGGAGGUUAUGGAUCUAGCUAUCCAAAAAAGGUCUACUAAACUAUCUGUGUAUCCAACUGACUCACAAAAUCCUGCUGCGGUUUACGACUUAAAUAUGGAAUAUGGUUUCAAUUCUUGUAUAUCUUUUUUUCAAAUAAAGCAAUGCAAACUCAA